AUGCUCCCGGUGUCGAGAGCCAAGCGGCAGCAGCCUCUCCUGUGGCCCGGGAAUGCGGAGCCCCCAGCGCCUCCCUGGAUUUGGAUGGUCCCAAGCGCGGCGGGGCUCUUUCGGGUCGGGGGCGCCGCUGGGGUGGUGCCCCCUCCUCUGCUGCUCUCUUCGCCGCCGCCGCCUCCUCCGCCGCCUGCGCCGCUGAUCCAGGGGGUUUCGGGCUGGCAAGUUCCCUGCGAUCCUUUCUUGCCUUUGAUGGCACCGGAGCAUCAUUCCGCGGUCCAUCAGCUUCCCUUUCUGAACGGGCAGUGGAUGUUUGGAGCUCAUUCUCCAGUGAUUGGAUUUUCACCUUCUUCAAGUGUGGAGUUUGUUCCUCUUUUUCCUCAAGUAUACACAACUGCUGCCCCACACCAUUCUGGGAAAAGUUGGGUAGAAAAGAGGCUUCCAAAUUGCAAGAUUUAUUUAAACAAUGCGUUUGCUCUGGAUUCAUCAUGGAUACAUCCUGAGGAGCUACGAAUCUACCAGGGACACGAUAAACCUCUUGUUAUGACAAAUCAAGUAGCUGUAGCUUUAUCUAGGCCAGCUACUGCCCCUAGGCCUCUUCCUGCAGUGGUGUUAACACCCCAGCCUAUUCCAGGUGGGUGCCUUAAACAAGCUGGCAGCAACCAGACCAUUGCAUUUGCAGCAGCCAUGGUAUCAGUAGAUGCAGAUGCCCCUCAGGGACCAUCGACAAGUAUCCAGCCAUGCCGUGUGCUGACUUUGUCACCAAUCAGAAUACCAGUUUUGACAUCACCUUUCCCAGGUGCUGCUUCUAGGAUGGAUACGCGAAUGACUCCUCUGAUGCCAACUCAAGUCACCAGGGUAGCGGCUAUCUCUUCACCAGCUGUGACAUUCAUGGCAACCAAUUUGGUGGAUCAGACAUUAACAGUUUCGGAUAAAGGCAAAGAAUCAAAUAGGACCUCCUGCCCGCCAACCCUGAUUCUACAUACUGAAAUGAAAAAUAAGCCAACAGAGAGUGAAGAUGAGAAGAUUCACCCUUUAAAACUGCUCCCAGACGAUGAGAAUUCUUCAAAUGGCAACAAGCCUGUGGCAUCCACUCCUGUGCCAGGAUCUCCAUGGUGUAUAGUCUGGACUGGAGAUGACCGAGUCUUCUUCUUCAACCCUACAAUGCAGUUGUCAGUAUGGGAGAAGCCUGUGGAUCUAAAGAAUCGUGGUGAUAUUAACAGAAUCAUUGAAGACCCACCUCAUAAACGCAAACUGGAAACUUCAGCAACAGAUAAAAGUGAUGGCUUUUAUGCAGAAGAUUUAAAUGAUGAUCACAGUACCAAAACAAAGAGAAAUAAACUGGAAGAUCCUGAGAACACCGGGCUAGACAAGGUCGAAGAGAAAAAUGUGAAAGCAUCAGAUCAUCAGAUUAUACUUCCAUUGGAAGAACGUAUUACCCAUUUCAGAGAUAUGCUUCUGGAAAGAGGGGUCUCUGCCUUUUCCACAUGGGAAAAAGAGUUACACAAAAUAGUAUUUGAUCCACGUUAUCUCCUACUCAACUCAGAAGAACGUAAACAGAUAUUUGAACAGUUUGUCAAGACCAGAAUAAGAGAAGAAUACAAGGAAAAGAAAAACAAGUUAUUGCUAGCCAAAGAAGAGUUUAAGAAGCUUCUGGAGGAAUCUAAAUUAUCACCACGGACAACAUUUAAGGAGUUCGCAGAGAAAUAUGGCACAGAUCAACGGUUUCGGCUUGUUCAGAAGAAGAAAGACCAGGAGCAUUUUUUCAACCAAUUCAUACUUAUCCUUAAAAAGAGAGACAAAGAGAAUAGGAUACGGCUACGGAAAAUGAGAUAAAAAGGAGACACGCAGAAAAGAACGCAAGUCAAAUACUGUGACAUCUACAGCAGAAGAAAUGAAUGGCAUGCAUUUUAUGUCACCGUUUUGAGUUUUGGAUCCCAGCAAUUUAGAGGAAAGCCAGACAACCCAAAUUGCCAUCUGUGCACACAGGAAAGUUCGGUGCAAGUAUGUCCAAGACUGUUGUGCAAGAAUCUGUAGGAUACUUCAUUCUCAGAGACUUAAUGUUUCAUAUUGAAGCUCUCUUUUGUACAACAUUCAAGUUUGAUGCAUUUCUAAUUACCAUGAUAUGUCAGUCCCUUAAUUGUUUUAAUUAUGCAAAUUACUUGUAAUAUACACAAAUUCUAAAUCCGAUGUGAUUUGUAAUUAAGCAGAAGCAGAUGCCAUCCAUAAUGAUCUCAAUACUUUUUUUUCCUUUAACCAUUUAAGAAAAAAUAUCUGCGGCUGUAUUCCUAUGCACCCUUACUUGGAAGUAUGGAACCCUUGAGAUCCCUGGACCUUACUUCCUAGUAAAGGCGCUUAGGAAUCUGCUGCACAGCAAUG